AUGUCAUCUGAAAACGUUAACCAAUUCAUAGCAUUGACGAGCGCCUCCCAGCCAGUUGCUGAACAAUAUUUAGAGCUUUAUAGUGAUGAUAUUGGUGAUGCAUUGAAUGCUUAUUAUGCGGAUCAGGCAGAGAGAAAGAGUAGUUCCAGUCAGCCAAGUUCUCAGAACAGCCAACAAAAAUCUUCAAAGAAAGCUGCUUCUAGUGGCAAUAACAAAUUCAUGAGCUUUUCUCAAAUGAUGAAGGACUCAGAUCAAGAUGACAGUGAUGAGAAUAGACAUACUUUUGCAGGUGGUGAAAAGUCUGGUUUAGAGGUGACCGAUCCAAACGAUUCUAACUCGUUAAUAAAAGAUCUAUUAGAAAAGGCAAAAAGAGGAGGUCAGGAACUUCCUGAAGGUGCUAAUAACGAUGAAUCUGAGAAAAAGAAUAAGUUUACUGGCAGAGGAUACAGACUAGGUGCAACAGUAGGUUCUGCGUCUGAAGUUUACGAGGAUAAUAGUCCAGCUGGGAAAGCUCCAACAAGAGUCACUAGAGAUAUUACAUUUUGGAAAGAAGGUUUCCAAGUUGGUGACGGUGAAUUAUUUCGUUACGAUGAUCCUGCGAAUAGCUUUUACCUAAAUGAAUUAAACCAGGGUAGAGCUCCUUUAAAAUUGUUAAAUGUCGAAUUUGGUCAAGAAGUUGAUGUAAACGUUUAUAAAAAGUUAGACGAAUCAUAUAAAGCUCCCAAGAGAAAAUUAGGUGGCUUUGGUGGUAAAGGUCAAAGGUUAGGAUCUCCAAUUCCUGGUGACGCUCAGGAAGCUAGCGAACCAACUACAUCCCACAUCGAAGAGUCCAAUAAAGCUACUGAGGAAGCCGAGAAGAAAGAUAGUAACAAGACUCAAGGAGAUUCUUUAGUUCAAAUUAGAUAUGCCACUGGUAAAAGGGAAAUAUAUCACUGUAAUGCUACAGACACAGUCCAAAGCAUAUACGAUCACGUUAAAUCUAAUACUAACGACACAAGACCCUUUGCUUUGAAUACUUCUUUUCCAGUUACUCCUAUCGAGAAUUUCGAAGCUACAUUGAAAGAUGCUGAUUUAAUAAAUUCGGUAGUAGUACAAAGAUGGAUUUAA